UUAUUUUGAAAGAUCACACAGUGUUUCCGCAGUGGUUUUCUAAAUUUGGAUGUGACGGCGUUUACCAGCAAUGCUAACCAGCUAACUAGUCAGUCCUAACCUACUUUACAUGAACAACAUACAGAGGCUGGCAACACACAUGGAAACAAGUGGCUGCCGUCUUUCCAUUUGCCAUUCUUUCACCCGGAGUCAGUUGCUACUCUAUGUAAGAUGAACACUGAGGACAGGUUGGAGGGCAUGCUGUUUAAGUGUAGCAGCGGAGGGAUUGACAGCGGAGGGAGAGUCGGACUGGUGAUGACUCUCGGGGAACGAUCGCUGGCAGACCACCCGUUGUUGGCAGAAGAUGACGAGGACGAAGAUGAAGAUGAGAACUUGACCGUGAGCUCGCUAGUGACUCACGACCUGGUACCUCCGGAGCAGCUGAUGAUGCAGGAGAUGUCCAAGAACAGUGGAGGAUGUGAUGAAGAGGGAGGAGCCGAGGUGGGGGUGCACUUCCCCCUGAAGCUCACCCAUAAAUUGCCCUGCUUGCCUCUCAACAUUAAGCAAGAAUUAAAAUUGACUGAGCAGCCACUCCAGCUAAAGAAGGACAAAAAAGCAGUCAAGGACCUGAUAGUGUGUCCCAAGAAGAAGAAAAGGAAACAGCGCUCACCAGCAAAGAUUCUAAGCAUUAAUGAGGACGGUUCAUUUGGCAUACAAAGCCCCAAGUGCCAUGUUUGUAUUCACUGUAAUGCAGCAUUCAGAACCAACUACCAUCUACAGAGGCAUGUCUUUAUUCACACAGGUGAGAAACCAUUUCAGUGCAGCCAGUGUGACAUGCGCUUCAUUCAGAAAUACCUUCUUCAGAGACAUGAGAAAAUCCACACCGGUGAGAAGCCUUUCCGCUGCGAUGAGUGUGGUAUGAAGUUCAUCCAGAAAUAUCACAUGGAGAGACACAAGCGGACACACAGUGGGGAGAAGCCCUACCAAUGCGACUACUGUCACCAGUACUUUUCCAGAACUGACCGUGUCUUAAAGCACAGAAGAAUGUGCCAUGAAAACCGAGAGAGAAAGAGCAACAAGGCUGCCAGUAAAAGUGGAGUGCUGCAUGAAUCAGAUGGUUUAAGCCCAUUUCUCACCAAAGAGUGCACAUUACCCAAGAAAAAACGGCAAAAGUGUGCGGACAAGUCCGACAGUUCUUGUUCUUCCAAUGCUGGCCGAGUAGAAGAGCUCACUGCCACUGUUAAAGAAAAUGAAAUGAAAGAGGAAGAGAGACUAAAUAAAAGUGAUGUUAUGCCUCUUUUUGCUGUGUCCUCCAAAGUCAAACACGAGUAUGUGAUUGGGGAAUACUCUGUGGAGCUUCCAGAGGAAACUACCAGCCAACAUCAAGAUGAAGACUUGUCACCAGAGGAGGCAGCAACCCCUAAACUAGUCCUAAAGAAGGUAUCUAAGAGGAGCCUUAAACAGUCCAGUGAUCAGGCUUCUUGCCUAGCAACUCUGUCCUCAUUUGAGGAAAACAAUAAAGUCACACAUUAUACCUUUGAAAUCGUGGACAAGCAAAGCCUUUUAGAUGAAGUGAGCAACACAGAAUCAGUGGAAACUCCAACAAAGCCUGCGGCUAGCAGCACAAACUAUGACGACGCCAUGCAGUUCCUCAAGAAGAAACGCUACCUUCAAGCAGCAGUGGCCAACAACAGUCGCGAUUACAGCCUGAACACGAGCACCAUCUCCUCUCAGCCAACCGUUACUCAAACUGUGGUGUCGGCAGUCAUUGACGAAACGGUCCCUGCCACCAUUCUGGAACCGCAGCCUAUUAACACAGAGAUUAAGGCUACUCAUGACAGGAAUGUGUUGCCAGACGAGGUUCUUCAGACUCUGUUGGACCACUACUCCAACAAAGCUAACGGCCAAUCCGAAAUUUCCUUUAGUGUGGCUGAUACAGAGGUUACGUCAAGCAUAUCCAUUAAUUCCUCAGAUGUUUCGGAUGGCAGCCCAGCGGAGAGCCUUGGCGCUGCCAGUGCUCCGACUCAGCCACCAACUGAGAAAGCUACUCUCUUGCAAGAAUAUUCCAAAUUUCUCCAGCAAGCGUUGGAGAGGACCAGUCAGAACGACAGCUACCUGACGAGCCAGAGUCUCAGCUUGGUCACGGAAAACCCAACCUUAGCGGGGCAGCCGCUUUUCUCCACCGAGAAACAGUUGCCUUCUCCCAUUAGGUUCAAAUCAGGGACGAGCUCCCCAUUGAGAUCCACUAUAGAGAAACCUCACUUUGGACUACUAGUCGGGGACUCUCAGCACUCAUUUUCAUUUUCAGGUGAUGAAACCACUCCCCCUUCAACAGUGUCCCCCUCUGAGGAGGACUUCCUGGAACAGGUGUCAUCUUCCAAAAAGACAGACUCCUCUCAAGCGAUACUGCAGACGUUUCAGAUUAACACGUUUGAUCCAAACUUCAAGUCUAAUUUCCAGACCUCGAGAUCUGGUUCCUCUUCACAGUUUACAGGUGCCAAUGGACAAGUAAGUCUACGAGGCCACAGCACAGAAUUCUCAGAGUUUUCAUUAGUUAGAGUGACUGAGACCAGGUCCCAGCUGAACUCCUCCCCAGAUGUUUCAUCAAGUGAAACCUUUGGUUGAAAAGAAGUGUGGUGCGAUUCCUACGUUAAUAAUUUCUGCAGCACUUUAUCCCAUUUCACCAAAGCACAUCUCAUUGAAUUUAAACUACUUUCUUUAGGCAUGUUGUUGGAGGAAAAAAAAAAUAUAUAUUUUCAUGCUCUUGCUAAAGUGGUAAAUAUGGAAAAAUUGGAAGUUCCCCUUUCAAAAUGUUGAAAUUUGCAUUGAGAGAUUAGGUGGUCAAAGCUUAAUAUAAGAGAGUAAACAUUUAUGCCAUAUUGGUAUACAUAUUUAUGUUUUUGUCACUUUUGCUUGCACACACUAAAAACAGUCUUGCUUUUUUCUGUUAGCUACCUCCCCUAGUUGAUCAGUGAUGAAACAGUGAAGAUAUUAUUUUUUUUUUUAAAUCACGUUAAAUCUUUUUAAAUCCAGCUGUACAACUGCUCACAAGUUGCCUGCUGAGAUGACACCAUUGCUUUGAUCUUGUAAAUGAUUCUUUGUUGCCACUUUACCUGAAAUGCAAGCAUCAUCACGGUGUGUCCUGAAUGGAAAACGUUCAACAGGAUUUAAGGUUUAGCCAUCCAAUCGGGAGUUUUGUUACAUUUGUCCAUUGACAGGUUGAAUUUCAUCUAAAAACAGAUAGAGCCCAUCCAUACAUUUCUUUUUACCAUUGCCAAUUGUUUGACAAGGUUGUAUCAAACUGGAAAGAAUACAGAAGUCUCUUACUCCCACAAGAGCUAGAUGUCAUGUGGUUGCUCACUUCCUGAAAGUAUUUUUUUCGUGAAAUGACUUAAAAGGAUUGUGCUUCUGACGUCUGCACAAUUUGCACAUUUUUCACCAAAAAAAAAAGAAUGUAGUAGUUUUUAAUCACAGUGUAAAAAAUCCUGUAAUUAAGAAAAUGUUUUGAUGACCCAUCAUAAAAUAUUUGAAAUUUAGACAAUUCUUCUGUUUGCGGAAACAACCAUGUGAUGGAAACCCCUUAUGUUGAGGUUAUACAUUCUAAAAGAGCAAAAUAAAUACACAGCGUACAAGUACAGAAUAAUAAUUGGGCUAGCUGGUGGUUUAAACGUUUCAACAGAGAUGUCUUUUUAGACCAUACUUUGCUGAAAGCGUAUGAUUUUAAAUCAAAUGGUUGAAUGACUUUUCCUUUGUAAAUCGUUCUUGAGGAGUUACAAAGUGAUGCUUAAGGUGCUAUUGAAACACUGAUCUUUAUACCAUCAUAUUAAGUUCCAUUGACAGUCAGGGACAGACAGCACCAACAAUAAUCAUCAAAUAUUGUAUUUUUCCUUUAACAUUCCCUUUAUACAGUAUAUGUAUAUCCUGUAAAUAUAUUGUAUAUUUUUUAGUUCUGAUGAGUACACUUAUAGCUUUGUGUUGCUAAGAUGAUGGCUUGUGCAAGACUUGUUUCUUUCUAGGGGCAUUUUUUAUUUUAUUUUUUGCAAAAUUGAUUACAUUUGACAAGGAAUUAGUUCCCUUAUGAGAUUUGUAUAUAAAGGAUGUAAUCAGUGAUUAUCAGAGGAAAUCUUUUCUUCACUGUGUGUUGAUGACAGGUUACGGUGAACUUAGUUAUUCUUGUAAAAUCAUGCAGUGGAUUGGACAUUUUGAUGGCUUUUACUGUACACUCUCCCCCAUAAAAGACAUGGCACUGAAAUCUGCUUGAAAGUACAUUUGUGGUUGUAAAUGCCCUUUAUAAGUCACUUUUAAGCACAAUAGAGAUGAAUAAUUCUUGUACUUGUAAAAAAACAACAAAUCAACUUGAAUUGUUUGACUAUUUGAAAUUAUCAUGCAGUUAAAAAAGAUUCAGUUUUUUUUUUUUUUUUUUUUAGUUUCAUGAAUUAAAAGAUUAGCACUACGUGUUUCCCCCCCUUUUUGACCAUAAGUGCCCUUGUAUAAGAAAACUACAAGUUCUGUAUAAAAACAUCUGGAUUAUGUCUUUUUAAAUGAAAAAAAUAUAUACUAUUUUUGAACCAUGAAAUUUAAGGCACUGAUAUGUAUGGCAUAUCAUAUGCACUCACGAUACACAAUUGUUUCUGUGAAAGUGGUUUGUGUGAACUUAUUUCAAAUAUGAAUGUGAAUCUAUGAGUCUGACGUUUAUGGCAAUUUAUCAUAACUUCAUGCUUCACUGUGGGAACUAUAACAUCAAAAAAGGUUUAUUUGCAUGGUCACAAAGUUGUUGGAUCAAGUGAACUUGUUUGAAGAAUGGCGUGUAGUUUUAAUUGUAGCAGAUUAAUUUCAGUCAAGUCACCCCAUACUGUUAGAAUUUUGCAAUAUAUGAUGAUUUGUAAACAAUCUGAUUAAGUUCUCUUGAUUGUUGUGUCAUGUCCAUGUGAAUAAAA